AUGAUGAAGUCCAAUUUUGCGAGCACCGUUAACACCUUCAUAUCGAAAAGGUCAUUUGCUUCAACUGCAUAUCCAUUACGACAAUGGAAAUUGAUUGAAUCGAGGAACGUAGGAAUUAAACCACGAUAUAAAGUUGGCGACCCUCGUCCAAUUUACAUACCCAAGGAACGUCUUAAGUUCCCAGAUUACAAAUAUGGUGAAUCGAAUAUUUUCAAACAAAGUAAUAAAGGAUUGUACGGAGGAUCUUUUGUUCAAUAUGGGAAUAGCAUCUCUGAAAGUAAACAGAAAACAAGAAGACGAUGGUUACCUAAUAUUGUUAAGAAAGGCCUAUGGAGUGAAACGUUAGGUAGAAAUAUUAGUAUUAAACUUACUACUAAAGUUUUGAAGACAAUUAGUAAGGAAGGUGGGAUUGAUAACUAUUUGAUAAAGGAUAAAUCCGCAAGAAUAAAAGAGUUGGGUCCCACAGGUUGGAAGUUGCGCUAUUUGGUAUUGAAGAAAAAAGAACUUGAUGAAAUUGAAGCACGUCAACUUGAAAAUAAGAUUGUAAAGGAUGAUGGUACAGAAACACAAUUCUAUUCCACUGAAAUAUUGAAUGGUGAAAAGGUCCAUAUCAUUGUGGGUAAGAGGAAAUUAUUAAAGUACCUAUACCCAUUAGAAAAAUUGGAAAGUGUGGCUAAUAGUGAAUUCAUGGAUUAUAAGAGAUUCAUUGAACUUUACGCAAAGUGUUCAUUUGGUGAAAUAAUAUCAAAAUUAAAUGAACAUAACUUUGAUAUGACAACAAUUACAAUUCCGUCCAAAAAUGCUACAGCUUUAAACCAAGUAAAUCAUCAUACUGAGCAAUUUCAUACAGCAGUUAUCUGA